AUGUCGAGGAACCUUGACUUUGAUGUGAUGUUUAAUAUGUUGAGGAACCUUGACUUUGAUGUGAUGUUAAAUAUGUUGAGGAACCUUGACUUUGAUGUGAUGUUAAAUAUGUCGAGGAACCUUGCAUUUGAUGUGAUGUUAAAUAUGUUGAGGAACCUUGACUUUGAUGUGAUGUUGAAUAUGUUGAGGAACCUUGACUUUGAUGUGAUGUUAAUUAUGUUGAGGAACCUUGACUUUGAUGUGAUGUUUAAUAUGUUGAGGAACCUUGACUUUGAUGUGAUGUUAAAUAGGUUGAGGAACCUUGACUUUGAUGUGAUGUUAAAUAUGUUGAGGAACCUUGCAUUUGAUGUGAUGUUAAAUAUGUUGAGGAACCUUGACUUUGAUGUGAUGUUGAAUAUGUUGAGGAACCUUGACUUUGAUGUGAUGUUAAUUAUGUUGAGGAACCUUGACUUUGAUGUGAUGUUAAAUAUGUUGACGAACCUUGACACAAAUUUAAAAGGUGAUAAUGUUAAGAUAAUGUUAAGAUCAUCACUAUCGUAA